GUGGUGUUUAAAAUUUAAAUGCAUGCCUUAGUUAGUCUCUAAAUUGAUUUCUGGAACAUACAAGUGGUUAAGCAGGUGAUCAUAUCAGAUGGACUUGGUUGUGAACAUGCAAUCAACACCUAUGGUUAAUGCACUUGCGAUAGGUGGUCCUGCUGUUGCUGUUGGUGGUCUUUCACUUUUGUUGAUCAAAAAAUUUGUCGAUCAUCACUGGAAAUCCGCUCCGGAUCUCCCUCGUUUACCAGAGGUACCAGGGUUGCCAAUAAUCGGAAAUCUGCUGCAGUUGAAAGAGAAGAAACCGCACAAGACAUUUGCGAAGUGGGCUGUCACAUAUGGCCCUGUUUACUCUAUUAGAACUGGAUCCACCACUUUAGUUGUACUCAAUUCUGCUGAAGUGGCCAAAGAGGCCAUGGUGACAAGAUUUCCUGCCAUCUCUACUAGAAAGCUUUCAAAGGCAGUAGAUAUCCUUGCUUGUGAUAAAUCACUGGUUGCUAUAAGUGAUUACGACGAGUUCCACAAGACUACAAAGAGGCAUUUACUAACACAUAUUUUGGGGCCAAGUGCUCAGAAGGGGCAACGUUUCCACAGAGAUAGUUUGAUUGAGAACGUAUCGAACCAGUUGCAUGCCUUGUCAAAGAAUUGUCCUCUUGAGAGUAUAAACUUCAGAGAACUGUUUGAACUUGGACUCUUUGGAUUAGCAUUGAAACAAACUUUGGGAGAGGAUGUGGAGUCCAUUUAUGUGGAUGAACUUGGAACAACAAUGUCAAGGCAUGAGAUGUUAAAGUGUCUAGUUCAUGAUCCAAUGGUGGGUGGAAUUGAUGUAGAUUGGCGAGACUUCUUCCCAUAUCUAAAAUGGAUUCCAAAUAGAGGGUUUGAAAACAGAAUCAGACAGAUGGAUAUCCGAAGGAUGGCAGUUAUGAAAUCCCUUGUUCAGAGAGCUAGAAAACAAAUUGCUUCAAGAGAGGGCGUGCAGUGUUAUCUUAAUUACUUGGAUUCUGAGGGGAAAACGCUAUCAGAAAAACAGAUUCUUGUCUUACUUUGGGAGGUGAUCAUUGAAACAUCAGAUACUACCGUGGUUGCAACUGAAUGGGCUUUAUAUGAACUUGCUAAAGACUUAAAGCGGCAGGAGAGGCUUUAUGAGGAGAUCAGUAGGGUCUGCGGGUCUGACAGAAUCACAGAGGAGAAGUUACCGCAGCUUCCUUAUCUUUAUGCUAUCUUCCAAGAGACUCUGAGAGUUCACAGUCCUGUUCCAAUAAUUCCUCUGCGUUAUGUGCAUGAAGAUACUCAAAUUGGAGGUUACUUUGUUCCUUCUGGAAGCGAGAUUGCCAUAAAUAUUUACGGAUGUAACAUGGACAAGAAUGUGUGGGAGAAUCCUGAACAGUGGAACCCUGAGAGAUUCUUGGAUGAAACAUCUGACACCAUGGAAUUGCAAAGGACAAUGGCCUUUGGAGGGGGUAAGAGAGUGUGUGCAGGAGCUCUCGAGGCAAUGACAAUCUCCCGUAUGGCAAUUGGCAGACUAAUACAAGAGUUUCAGUGGAGUUUGACGGAUGAUCAGGCAGAUGAUGUUGAUAUUGUAGGCCUUACAGCUCGCAAACUCCAACCACUGCUCGCGAUCUUGAAGCCAAGGGGCAGAUUGUUUGAAUAAACAAUUUCCUUUUGCACCUGAAUCGUGUGCAUUAUGUCCAUUUAUUUCAAUCUUAAUUUUCCUAAUGCAUGUUAUAUCUACAAAAUUCAGUAAUUGUAAUUUAGUACAGAUUCUACUGCACUGCACAAUGUUAAAGACUUUAUUAUUGAAAUUUCAUAUUUAUUACAUUACACAAAAUAAUUUUCAUAACAUAAU